AUGCGUAUAUAUUUUUCUAAACAUAAAAUUUCAGUUAAUUAUAUUUUAAAAUUGCCUAUCAAUCCGCAAAACAUUGAAGAAAUGAAGAUUGUCCGUUGCUGGCUGGAAAAAUUAUUUCUUUGUUAUUUUGAAUAUAUAGAAUUUUUCCGAUAUUUUUUCAAUCCAGAAAUGAUUAAAAUUCUUUUUGACAACGAAAAAUAUAUUCCAACUCAAGUUCGAGCAGAACGUUGUGUUUCAUGGUUUAGCAACCAUAACUUAAACAAUUCAGUAAAAUUUCAUUUGGAUCAUUUAUUUCUUACUGAUUACAUUGAUAUAGACUUUGAACUACACGGAAAAAAAGAAAAAUGCAACAAGCAUUUACUAGAAUUGUUAAUUAAUGGAGGCAAAAAUAUUCCUAAUGUUAGAAUUAGUAUAGACAACCAAACAUUGCUUGAUUUGAUCAUUAAGGUAAUUAAAAAAGGAUUUGUUAAUAGUUAA